AUGCCUUCUCUUGGGAUUGGAAUGAUGACCCCCAGUGCGCUUUUGACGCUGCUAAGUCUUGGUUUUAUUAUGAAUAUGUUUCAGGGUGUAUUGAUAAUGAUGAGCCUGGACGAGGAGACAGCUAAGAAGGCUGAGGCGACGCGACUAAACAUCGACAACCUGCGGACAUUGAGUGGUGAUAUGCAGUCCAAAGAACAAGUCAUGCAAGCUUAUCAGUUGGGAUUCGCUGUCCUCUUCAGUGUCCAUCGUAUCUCUUCCAUGGGCACCGCUUUGGCAUUUUCUUGGGUUCCGGAGGGACGUUUGGACAGACCUUCAAAUCGUGCUGAAGAUUCUAAUGCAGUGGUUGAAAUGGUUGAUCUCCUCGAUGAUGAAGAGACCGAUGACGGUCUAUGA